AUGCGUGGAAGGCUCUGCUUUGUGCUUGGUUUGCUGUUCGCCACGCUAGCCGUGGUGACCAGCGUGCCGCUUGUACGCGACGUCGACGCGCUUCAGCAUGUUGCUGAGCAAGGCAGUCUCGGGCUUGACAAGCCGACGCUCGCAGGCGAGCAAGACGAGUCGCCAGACGAUCCACUGUUCAAGCGCGACACGGAUGCUGGGGUGGCAGCCAAGCCGCCGUCGACGAACCGCGAGCUGUCGCGGCUGCUGCGACCGGAAGCGCUCGGCGGGGCUACGCGCGACAAGCUUAUCGUCAACACGAUGGACGUUCUACAUGGCCGACUUCUUGCGGUCAAGCUGCCUGGACGCGGGCUCGACUCGGGCGUGAUCAAUCGCAUGAUGCAGCAGGACAAGGACUUUCUGGUCGAGGGUGCAGGCGGCAAGCUGUGGCGCUUUAUCAACCAGGGCGGGCGUCACUUCAAGCCCAUCUCCCUACCGGCGUCUGAUAUGCUGCAGGGGUCGUUGCGCACUGGACCUGCACUGGCGACUCCGAGCCACGCGCUGGCCGACAGUGGACGAAGCACCAUCGGCUCACGGUUGUGGGCUCGCGUUAGGGAGCUGUUCAACAAGCUGCCUGAUAGCAUCACGGCUGUACCCGUCGGGCGACUCGGCAAGCGCGACUCGGGUCUCAGCGAUCCACCGUCGACGGACCGCGAGAUGGCACGCUUGCUUCGACCGUCGGCGCUGGGCGCGCCCGUGCACGAUCGACUGCUACUGAGCACCAAACCGGUUCUCGGGGGCGAUUACCUCGCAGUGCAGUUGCCGGGCAAAGGCUACGACGCCCAGACGAUCAAUGUGCUGAUGCAGCAGGACCGCCACUUCUUCGUCGAGGGCAAGGACGGCAAGCUGUGGCAGUUUGUCAAUGCUGGCGACCGCACCUUUUCGCCCCGCGCAGUGUCGCAGCCCGGCAUGCACUUUUUCAAAGACUCGCCUGUGCGCAGUGGCAGCACACAUGCAGUGCCCACCUACGUGCACAAGUUCGACAGGGGCCUCAAGGGCUCCCUUUCGCGCGCGUGGAGUCGCAUCCGUGCUCCGUUCACCAAGACCAAGCUUCCCGAGGCAGUACAAGCUGUGCCUCUGUCGAAGAUCGUCAAGCGUGCGGGUGGUGAGGAGCCAAGAAUCGUCGCGCCUCCGUCGACGGAUGGCGAGAUGGCACGGCUGCUGCGUGCUGAAGCGCUUGCAUCCCCCACGUACGGUCAGGUAGCUGUGCGGCCAGUCGAACUGCUCCAGGGCCAUUUCCUCGCGGUCAAGUUGCCCGGUAACGGGUGGGAUGCGCAGAUCCUCAACCCCAUGAUGAAGCAGGACAAGCACUUUUUCGUCGAGGGCAAAGGCGGUCGCGUCUGGCAGUUCGUCAACACCGGUAACCGCGUCUUCCGUCCAGAAGCCAUGCCGCACUCGAAGAUGAGCUUUGUGCGCGAUGCGCUCGCGGAGCCAACGGUGCGCGUGCCGAACUUUGCCUAUGCGCCCGAAUCGGCAUCCAGCUCGGGUCUCUUGGGUCGAAUCAAGGGCGUGUUUAGCAAGCUGCCCGAGGGCGUUGAGGCGGUACACGUGCCUCUGCGCAAGCGCGCCAAGCCCGAAGUCCAGCCCAAGGUGCAGGCCAUCAUUCCACCACCCUCCUCGAACUAUGAGAUGGCACAGCUGCUUCGACCUUCCGCCCUGGGUGGCGCAGUGGGCAAGGUGAGCGUCAAGCCGAUCAAGCUGCGUCAGCUGGGGCUUGUUGCGGUCAAGUUGCCCGGUAGCGGCUACGACAGCGCGGUGCUCAACAAGAUGAUGCAGCAAGACAAGGAUUUCCUCGUCGAGGGCAAGGACGGCAAGGUCUGGAAGUUCGUCCGUAAUGGCGAGGGCGUGUUUACGCCGCGGUACGUGUCGAGCUUGCGUGGGCUGUUCAACGGUCCAGGCAUGCAGAAGGCCACGGUCACGACGCCCAAGACCAUGCAGUACUUGCCACAGGUAUCCCCCAUCGAGCGCGUGUGGGUCGCAAGCGAGUCUGCAGAAACCGCCGAAAGGUUGCCACACCGACAAAGGGGCAUCUCCGAGACCGCCACCAUGAUGCCAUCCGUGUUGAUGAAAGGUGGGCUUUUCGCCUCUUCAUGCGCCUCACGGGCGUUGGAUGAGGAUAUAAAGCAUCCAAACCUACCGCGGACCCUCCAUCCUUCCCUCAUCUUCCCCAUUGCCUUUGUACGCUCUUUUCCCCUCAUAAUGCUGCCCAAACCUUCCAUUGGGUUGGGAGGUCGCUGGUCGGCGUUCCUGCUUGUCGUGCUGCUCUUCUGCGUAGUCACGGCGGUUCCCAUCGCACACACGAAGCGCGCCGACACUACCGGCGCACCAGACGCAGCCUCGGGUCCAGCCACGCUGCAGCGCAGUUCGAGCGCACCGCGGAUCGAGACCGCUUCGGAUGGUGCGACCGCUUUGCAGCGCAGUACGAGUGCGCCGCGGCUGUCGACUGGCUCGGAUGCUGGGUCGCUCGCGCAGCCGCUGUCGAGUUUGGCUCACACCGAGUCUGACGUCGGACACAGCUUCAAGACUGCGCUGGACAGCGAGGACUGGACGCCGCCGAGCACGCCCCGAACGCCUCCGAGAUAUCCGCCGGGUGUGGAGGGCGAGGGCUGGACACGGCUGCGCUCUGUCGAGCCGUCAUCGCCCGCAUCGCAGAGCGAGCAGUCGGCGGGGCGCGGCGAGUAUCCGAACACCUCGCCCUCUUCGUCUGCCUCGAGCGCGGGCGGGGCUGCAGAUAUCCACCCGGAGCAGCCAGUUGUGCCGGCGCCUCGCUUUCCGGGCAUGAGGGACGGCGAUGCGCCGCGGCUGAUGCAGGCGCAGCGUCUGCCCAACGGCGCGCUCGACUCCCAGCUCAGCGGCGCAGCCAACGCGAACAUCAUGCGCGAGCUCAAGCAGACCGGUACAGUGGUCGUCUCGAUGGAGGACCCGGCGUCGGUCGGAGGCAUGCGGCUGUACGAGUACACGCUGGGCCGCUUCGGGCCGGAACGCACGCGUGUGCCUGUCACCACGAUGUUCCUGGAGGAAGUGCGACACCUCGAGACGGGUGCACCCCUCGCCGCCACCGGUGGACGCGUCACCAUUCCGCGGCCCAUUGUUCCAGCCGAGCCUGCUGCGACAGGAUGGCGCGGUAAGCUCGCGUCGGCACGCGAGGCACUGCGCAAGACGAAAGACGCCAUCGCCGUCGGGCUGGACCCUCGUCUCGAGCACGUCUACACCACCCGUGGCGUGCCCGCCAUCUACGGACGCACCGACCCGAUUCUCGGAAAGACAAUCCCCGUCGAGGCGCGUCGGCUCGCCCAGGAGUUCGGCCAGGUGCGCGUGUUUUACGACCUUUACCGGCCGUGGGACCAGACGAAGCUGGUGUAUCGCGGUGGCGUGGUGCGCAAGGGUGAGCUGGCGCCCGAGUCGGCGUUUAAGGCGGUGGUCGUGCCGCGCGAACAGGCGCUGCCGCUGCCCAAAGCCUGGCAGGGUCACGAGGAUAUGGCACAAGACGCGCUUACGCGCAUCAAGGCGAUGGAGGCAGGCCAGUAUGCCAAGGAUGUCCCCCCGCGCUGGCCGAGCAAACUGCGCCAGACGCUGCGCGACCGCUGGGCGGCGUUCCGCACGCCAGCCGCUGCAGCCAGCCCUGCCAAUGUGGGAGAGGCGGCUAGACCCGGCUUCAAGGCCGCAGCCAAGGGCGUGUGGGACAAGAUCACCGCCAGCGCAACCGAGUUGAAGAACAAGGUGGCGGCGUGGAGACCCUCGAUGCCAUCGAGCGAUUUGCUCUCCGCCAUGCGUCCCGCCCAUCUCUAG